AUGCGUUUUUUCAUCCUAUUAUUGUUUGCUAUUUGUGUUUCUGCUAAAAUAAAUCCUAAAGCUCUGACUGAGUCGAGGGGACAGGAGGUGAUUGAAAUUGGAGCACCGAUUAAAGAAUUGUCUCCGGAUUUGGAAGAAGAACCGUCUGCUGAGAAUGAAGAUGAUAAAACUACUACCACCAUCCAAGUAGCUACUACUAAAGACACCAGGAGAGCUAAGAGUGACCAGUCCAAAAGAAUGAAAGAUAAUGACAGAGUAGACGGAAAGAAGCAAGAUGAAGAAGAAGCUAAGAUUGAAAAAGAACUCGCUGAAUUAUAUAGAGAUUCUAUUGAUUACAAAUCGGAAAGUGCUGACAUAACUCAGCAGGUUAAUAUCACUGAGGAAACAGAAAAACCAAUAGCACGAGCUAGAACCAAUUUCAAGUUUCAACCAGACUCCAGUGACCCCAAAGACGUGGAGAGAUUUAGAACUUCCGUGGAUGAUAUUAAUUGUGAUCGCGUCAAACUUAUAGGAGUGACUCACGGCCAUAUGAAGGAAGAAACAAUUGAUUUAGAAGAUGAAAAAGAAAUCGGUAUAUAUGGAGAUCGUCAUGAUUACAAAACUGCCAGUGAUGAAGAAGGAAAUGUAGACAAUACAACAAUAAAAGUAAGUCAAGAUUUUGCCCGAGCUAGGACCAGGAAGAAGAAAUCUAAAACCAAACGUGUCUGGAAAUUCCAGCCUGAUCCGAAUGACCCAGAAGAUAUAGCCAGAUUUAGAACUUCCCAGGACUAUUUGAACUGCGACAUGUUCAAAUUGACUGGCACGGUAUCAGUAUUUGUUGAAGCUAGUCGUGUCAUUGAAGUUUUACCUAAAAUGGAGCAUCCGGCCUUUGAAGACGCUGGUCAGGAACCCGGCCUUGAGAUUUGGACGAUCGAUGAAAGAAAUAUUAGAGUAACUUAUAAACUGUUUAAAUCUUAUUUUUCAGCCAUCAGGUAUCUCGAAGGUGGUAAUGAUUCUGGUUUUAACGAGGUUGAAACGAAUGCUGGUGCUGAAAAACGUCUGUUGAAACUAUCAGGAUGUGAAAACAUGAGAAUUGAAGAGGUGCCGCCAGAAGCUUCAUCACUCACACGAGACCACUGCUUCAUUUUGGAAGUAGAUCACGACAUAUUCGUGUUGAUACCAGAUGGUGCGAAGGCAACUCAAAGAAGAAAAAUCAUAAGUGUGGCCAACACAUUACGAGAUGAUUACCACAACGGAAGAGCCAGCAUAGAAAUUAUUGAUGAAUUUUCCUCGGACAGUGAUUACUCAGCGUUCUUCGAAGCCCUUGGUGACGGAUGCAAAGAUGAUCUUGUUGCUGACGAAACAUCUGAUACAUAUUCACGACCAAGUAUUUCAGCGGUGUACUUGUACAAGGUGCUGUUAGGAGAAGAAAUAGAACUUCUAGACAUUAGCAAACCUUUCAAACAAAACCAGUUGACGUCCGAGGACAUAUUCAUCUUAGAUACUCCAUGCUCUGGAAUUUACAUCUGGCUCGGUAAAGACCUGGAUUCAGAAGUAAGGAAGACCUAUAACGACAUCGCGCAGCAAUACGUGGAUUUGAAGGGAUAUCCAACUUGGGUACCCGUGACUAGAGUUUCAGAAGGCAUGGAAAGCAGCGUGUUCAAACAAUACUUCCAUAGAUGGGACACUGCUACUACUACUAUCAAAUCUGUGAAAGAUAUCGCGGCUGAGAUUGAUGCUGGCUAUUUCUCUGGAGACGCGGAUGAUGUUGAAGCCGUCGCUCGCUACAUCGGAAAAAGUGCUGUCGUGAGAGGCUACAUGCCAGGAGAAGAUGGUGCUUUUACUCUGUACAGAGCUGGCGAAGAACCCGAAGAUUUAACUGACCAGGAGACAACUAAACUAUACACCAGCGAAGUUUACGUCGCCAAGUAUCAAUAUAAGAACGAUAAUGAUGAAGACAUUACUGUUGCCUACCUCUGGAUUGGCAAGGACGCAAGCAGCGAUGACAUAGCGGCAGGGAUAAAUCUCCUAGAUUCAAUCGAAGAAGAGUCUGAAGGGCCAGUUAUUAACGUGAAGUUGCCUCAAGGAAAAGAGAAUAAGCACUUCUUGACUUUAUUUAAGGGAAACCUCAUUAUUCUCUGUGGUGACAAGGAAAACGAAUACAAGAGCCAAAACUACACUAGCAGCUUCGAUGACAAUGGAAUUAGAUUGUUUAAGGUUGAAGGUACGAAGGUUGGUGUAGACAUGAGAGCGAUGCAGGUUGAGGAGAAAUCUGAUAAUUUGGAAAUCGACGAUGUCUUUAUAUUAGAAACUCCGGAUAUGGUGUACUUAUGGAAUGGAAAGGAUUCAUCCGAAAAAGAGCAAGAUGCUGCUAAGAAUUUCGCGUCUCUUCUAUUUGAAGAAAAGGAGGUGACUGAAGUAAAUCAGGGAGAUGAACCUGAUGAAUUUUGGGAGGUUUUAGGAGGGCCUCCCGAGGAAAAGGAGUCUUCUUGGAAGCAGGCCGCGAGUAGACGAACGAACGUACCAACAUCACUCAGUUCAGUUACAGUGAGGUCCAAUGGAAAACUACGGUUUGAAGAAUUGGAGGAAUUCAGUCAGAUGGAUCUGUCUGAUGAUGGAGCCUUCAUCCUCGAUACAGGAGAAGAACUUUAUCUGUGGUUGGGUAAAAAUACACCGGAGAGAGUGAAGCAUGCUCGCCUUAAGAUAAUAACGGAUUAUAUUGAAGAUGAUGGUUUAGAGAGAACUGCGGAAUCAGCGGUAGUAGUGACUCUCAGACAGGGCGGGGAGCCACAAAACUUCAAAAAUCUUUUCCCAGAAUGGGAUGACGAGUAUUUUGAGAAGCAAACAUCCUACGAAGACAUGAAAAACGAAACCAAAGCGGCUAAUUCAAAAUGA